CAGUCCCGAAAGCAGCGUCGAACGGAGGACGCGCGGUACCUCCACUCCUCCUCCAAUGGCGGAUCCUUCCCCUAGGACCACACCGGACGGCGACCCCGGCGGCGGCGGCGGCGGCCUCAACCACGACGUCGAUUUCGGGCUCUUCUCCGGCGCGCACACCCCGAGCGAGGGCGACCCCAGCGACUCGGCCAGGUCCGAGUCGGAGAGCUCCGAGGCGGCCGGCGACGGGGACGAGUCGCCCCGGCGGGCCGGCGCGGCGGCGAGCUUCCGGCUGUUCUCGGAGUCGAUGCUGAGGAUGGAGCUGGCCGAGGUGGAGAUGGCGAAGGCCAGGGAGGCCCUGAGGCUGGAGGCGGAGCGGAGGCGGGCGGAGCUCGAGGGCGAGAUGACCCGGAUGCUGCUGCAGACGCAGAUGCAGAUCGCCACGGUCGUCGCAGGGAAAAGCCAGGGCGGCGGCGGCAGCAGCAGGAAGCGUAAGCGAGCCGAGGACGAGGACAGGCCAUCGGCCUCCUCCGCCAGGGAAGGAGCUCUCUUGCUCAGCUUGCUUCACUGCAAUCUGUUCUUCUGAAGUUGGUAGA